GCGCAUUGCCGGAGAUCCGGAAAUCUCGGCCAGACUCCACGCGAAGAGUUUGUUUACGUCCGUGUGCUUUUUGUUCGGCGAGGGGGGUGGUGGCCACUCAGUCAGGUGUCUGCGUAUUAUAUAAUAACAACUCCGAAUCGGCGAAGGCGCCAAGUUAUAUAUAUAGAUUAGAUAGUCGCAGAGCGGAGCAGGCACUCCGCCGGAUUUCCUUGGCAUUGGUCGGAGGAGCAAAGGUCACGGGCGGACCAGCCAAAUCCGUAUCUGUCGCACGACCUUGGGAAUGUUUUUCAUAUACAUAUAUGCAUAUGUUAAUACACGGCAACAAUAAGCGCAGCACACAAAGGAACCGAUCAAGAGUCAUGCAGGUCGAAUGCCUCCAGAGACAGCCACAGCAUACCCGGCUGUGAAGGAAGCCCCUAUCGCCUCGAAGCUUCUACGCAUGCGAACAAUCCUUUGCGGACGCACUGAGUCCACCAGGAGUCGCUGGAGCAGCCGCAACCCCGUCGUCCGGUAGCAGCGAUGACGGAAAGCAGCAGUAGCACCAAAUCCCGCCUAGCGGUGGCGCCCACCGGAGUUGGAGGAGCAGCCGAGGGAGCCACGUACAUACGCACCAUCGAAUGGGACAUGAUGAACAAGACCAAGUUCUUCCCGCUCUCCAUGCUCAGCUCGUUCUCGGUGCGCUGCUGCCUAUUCCCGCUGACCGUGAUCAAGACGCAGUUGCAGGUGCAGCACAAGAGCGAUGUGUACAAGGGCAUGGUGGAUUGCGCCAUGAAGAUCUACCGAUCGGAGGGAGUGCCCGGUCUGUAUAGAGGUUUCUGGAUCUCCUCCGUGCAAAUAGUGUCCGGCGUCUUUUACAUAAGCACCUACGAGGGCGUGCGCCAUGUGCUCAACGAUCUGGGUGCUGGGCAUCGAAUGAAGGCCCUCGCCGGCGGCGGUUGCGCAUCGCUGGUGGGCCAGACCAUCAUAGUUCCUUUCGACGUGAUAUCGCAGCACGCCAUGGUGCUCGGAAUGUCGGCCCAUGCCGGUUCCAAGGGCGAUAUCAAUCCGCUGGGCAUCAAGUCGUGGCCCGGACGCAGUCGCCUGCACAUUUCCAUGGACAUUGGCAGGGAGAUUAUGCGGCGCGAUGGCUUCCGGGGCUUCUACCGCGGCUACACCGCCAGCCUGAUGGCCUACGUACCUAAUUCGGCCAUGUGGUGGGCCUUCUAUCACCUCUAUCAGGACGAACUGUUCCGCAUCUGCCCCGUUUGGGUGUCCCAUCUGUUUAUCCAGUGCGUGGCCGGCAGUUUAGGUGGCUUCACAACGACAAUACUAACCAAUCCAUUAGAUAUAGUGCGUGCCCGUCUGCAGGUCCACCGCUUGGACUCGAUGAGCGUCGCCUUCCGGGAGCUGUGGCAGGAGGAGAAACUGAACUGCUUCUUCAAGGGACUGUCCGCCCGCCUGGUGCAGUCGGCAGCCUUCUCAUUCAGCAUUAUUCUAGGUUACGAGACCAUCAAGCGCAUUGCGGUGGACGAGCAGUACAAGCACCAGAUCCGCUGGUGAAGAACGCACAAUCCCCAGCCAAACGGAAACCAACUCAAAACUGCAUUUACACGAUGUACUGAGAACCACCAGAACUGGAGGAGCUUCGCCCCCGAUUGUAAAUAACAAGAGCUAGAGAAUGGACUAGAGGAGCACAGGUUAAUUAGUUGAAUUGCCAACAAUAUCGAAUUAUAAAUCAUCGAUGGCGGACGCAUCGAGGAUGUAUUGUAGUAGAACGUUGCAACAUGCUUGCGGCUAGGAUGGAUGUUCAAGUAACGCAAUUCAAUAUGCAAAUACCCCAAAGUGUUGUAGCUUAAAGUGUACAUUAUUUUUGUUAUACUUAGUCGUUUUAUACCUAACACGCGAAGAGGCCGAUCGGUGACAAGCAUAAUUUAUUAUACACCUAGCUAAACUUGUACUUGUACGUAAUUGAUGAUGAUGUUGAUAAUACUGUUGAUUACAUUGGUAGCCCAAUUACUUUUACACAACUAAGCACAGCAAUGUUUGCGCCAAACAAAAUACCACAAACUGGACAUGCCGAAUUAGAAAUUAAUAUCGAAACAGGGUCGCCCCUCCCCAGAGGUCGGGAGGCACUACACUUAGCUAAGAAUUCGUGUGUGUGUGUGUUCUCUGAGUGGAUAAACUAGUUUUAGUCUGCAUUAUAAUAAAGUACAAACCAAGAAUUGUCACAUUUUUGGCACUGUUGAAUACCAAAA